AUCUUCGACGCCUGCGGGCAGGCGAUCCUACGGAAAACGGUAUCACAUCUCUCUCCGAGUCUUACACACCACCAUGUCGUCCGAAGCGAGUUCCUCGAGUACUCCAGAAAAGAAAAAGCCCAUUGUAAUCAUCACAAUAGGCAUGGCCGGCGCAGGCAAGUCGACGUUCGUGCAGCGCAUCAACUCCUACCUGCACUCGCUCGAGCCGCCUUCGCCGCCGUACAUCCUCAAUCUUGAUCCGGCGGUGACCAGCGUGCCGUUCGAGGCGAACAUCGACAUCCGGGACACGGUCAACUAUCACGAGGUGAUGAAGCAAUACAACCUCGGGCCGAACGGCGGCAUCUUGACCGCUCUGAACCUAUUCACGACGAAGUUCGACCAGGUAUUGGGGCUGGUGGAGAAGAGGGCGGAGACGGUCGACUAUGUAAUUCUCGACACUCCCGGCCAAAUCGAGAUCUUCACCUGGUCCGCUUCUGGGGCUAUAAUCACGGACGCAGUCGCAGGGACAUUGCCGACGGUCGUUGCGUACAUCAUUGACACACCGCGGACGGCCGCUCCCGCUACAUUCAUGUCCAAUAUGCUGUACGCGUGCAGUAUCCUAUACAAAACAAAAUUACCCUUCAUCCUUGUCUUCAAUAAAACCGAUGUCCAGCCGCAUGACUUCGCCCUCGACUGGAUGCACGAUUUCGAGGCAUUCCAGGAGGCUCUCGCGUCACAUCGGGGAACAACAGAUGAUGAGGGCGAGCCGACGUACAUGAACAGCCUUAUGAACAGCAUGAGCCUCGUGCUCGACGAAUUUUACAAGCACCUAACAGCGGUAGGAGUUUCUAGCAUGACGGGCGCGGGGAUCAAAGAAUUCUUCGACGCGGUCGAAGCCUCACGGACAGAAUACGAAAAUGAAUACCUUCCCGAGCUAGAACGCGCCCGCGCCUCGCGAGAGGCCUCAUUGCAGAAGGCGAAGGAAGACUCGGUGAACCGGCUGAUGGGUGACCUCGCCGUCGACCGUGCGCGGAACCCGAACGCCGCGAUGAUGGACCGGUGGGAUCCCAAUGAGGAAGACGAAGAUGAUGACGCGGAUGUUAAUAUCAUUGACCGGAGCGAGGAGCCAUGGCCGGGGCAGUACAUCGAUGUGACGAGGAUGCAUGGUAGGAACGACGAAGGGAUUAAUUGGCCACGGCCGGGGUAGUGAAUUGUGGAGCCCAAAAUACGUGAAUUGUACGAUCAACUUGUAACAGACUGUAUCCACUAAUUGUAUAUUGCCACAGAGUUUGACAGAUCGCUGGCAUUG